CCCACCCGACGCUAGAAUUUCCCUCGUGCAUCUUUCCAAUCGAGGCGGCCCAGCAGGUACCACAGUAACCACACCCGGCAUCAUCCAAGCUUUCUUUUUUUCUCCAUUCGCCGCCGCACGCUCAUUCACCCGAUAGUAGUAUGUCGACCCUGCGCUCGGCCACUUUGCUCUCUCGCCCAUUCCUCUCCCACACGCCGCGCCACUUCGCCUCCCCCAUCACCGCUGCCGCCCCCUCCUUUCCCCAGAUUGCCACGGCGUACAGCCUGCAACGACGCACCAUGGCCUCCUCGCAGAUCCCCAAGAUCAAGGUCAAGAACCCCGUCGUCGAGCUCGAUGGCGACGAGAUGACGCGCAUAAUAUGGAAGAACAUCAAGGAAAAGUUCAUCUUUCCCUACCUCGACAUCGACCUCAAAUACUACGACUUAGGUCUCCCAUAUCGCGAUUCCACGGAUGACCAGGUCACCAUCGACGCAGCCGAGGCCAUCAAGAAGUAUAGCGUCGGCGUCAAGUGUGCCACCAUCACCCCCGAUGAGGCGCGUGUAAAGGAAUUCAAGCUCAAGAAGAUGUGGCUGAGUCCCAACGGCACCAUCAGGAACAUCCUCGGUGGCACCGUGUUCAGAGAGCCCAUCGUCAUCGACCGCAUACCUCGCCUCGUCCCCGGUUGGAAGAAGCCGAUUGUCAUUGGCAGACACGCGUUCGGUGAUCAGUACCGCGCCAAGGACCUCAAGAUCAACGAGCCCGGCACCCUCGAGAUGGUCUAUACGCCCAAGAACGGCGAGCCACAGAGGAUCGAGGUGUUCAAGUUCGACGAAAAAACUAAGCCCACGGGAGGCGUCGCCAUGACCAUGUACAACACCUCGGAGAGCAUCUCCGGCUUUGCCCACGCGUCUUUCAAGCGCGCCCUCGACCUCGAGAUUCCGAUGUAUAUGUCGACCAAGUCCACCAUCCUCAAGCAAUACGAUGGCCGCUUCCAGGAGAUUUUCCAGGACAUUUACGAGAACACCUACCGCAAAGAGUUUGAGGCGAAGAAGAUUUGGUAUGAGCACAGACUCAUCGAUGACAUGGUAGCGCAGAUGCUCAAGCAGGAGGGCGGCAUGUUGAUUGCCAUGAAAAACUACGAUGGUGAUGUGCAAUCCGACAUCAUCGCCCAAGGCUUCGGCUCCCUCGGCCUCAUGACCUCCGUCCUCAUCACCCCCGACGGCAACACCUUCGAGUCGGAAGCCGCCCACGGCACCGUGACGCGCCACUACCGCGAGCACCAAAAGGGCAACCCCACCUCCACCAACCCCAUCGCCUCCAUCUUCGCGUGGACGCGUGGUCUUGCGCGCCGUGGUGAACUUGAUGAGACGCCCGAGCUCGUCAAGUUCGCCGAGUCUCUAGAGGAGGCUUGCAUCCAUGUUGUGGACAAGCAGGGCAUCAUGACGAAGGACCUCGCCAUCAGCUGCGGCAAGAAGGACGAUUUUGUGACGACGGAUGAGUACCUGGAUGCGGUGGAGAAGCGCAUGCGACAGGUGCUGAGCUCCAAGCUUUAAGUGCUGAGCCGAUGUGACAGGCAGAGACACAACUCGUUACUUGCGCAUGGAGUGCAGCGGGUUGGGAUAGAAAGGCUCGCUGCUACUCAUCAUUCCCACACUUGAGGUUGACUGUUCAAACCCGGCGCUUGGGAAGCGCGCAGGUGUGGUGUAGAAUAGACUUGCUUCAUGCAUCAAGAGGUGUGGCUAGAAAAUGUAGUCUUGACCAAUCGAUGUCUAGGUCACGGUGUAGGCC